AUGAGGAUAUUUCAUAAAUUUCAAUUAACUAUGAAUAAAAGGAAAAAGAGAUUUUUUACUCUCGACGAAAUCAGGAAUUUCAUCAAGAAUUUAGAAGAUUAACUUAUUUAGCUUAUUAUUCGAUGUUUAAGGUGUCUAAUACCCCUCCCUAUUUAAAAGGGAUUAAGCCCAACUAUAGUAACAUCACGGGUCUAUUCUGCCACUUAAAAUGGCUCACCAUAUGGGCCAGCAUUUCUUGAAAUUCCAUCCCAUCUAAAGACGCACUUCUUACAGAGCGCAUUGCUGUCGCUCUUGUCAGACUCUGCUCCUAUGCGUGGUCCACCUAAGGGUCACCUGGUAUAACAUGCUAAGCGGUAAAAACUCAAGUCUCUUGAUGCAAUGAGGAGCAGUUCCUCUGAUUAUUCCCAAAGUUAAACUGCUAUUGCCGUACAGGGGUUCUCAAGGAAAGCCAAACCCCAAAUUCAAUUAGGAGAGAAAAUUAGAAAACUAAUUUCUUUCGAACCAAAUGCCAUUUUAUUUAUCAAGAAUUUAGAAACAAAAACGAAAAGGAUGCCUGAGUUGAUAGGCUUCCGUAGCGAAGAUGUCUGCAAAAAUUUCAAGAAUUUGAUUACUAUGUGCAACUCUUUAAGUAUUAUUUUCCUUCAGUACAAUUUAAUUCACGAAACUUUGAGUUUCUUAAAAAAAGCAGCUGAAGCUGACACUGCACUGUGCAAGUAUGGAAAUUUAUUGGAUCGGCUUUGACAAGGUCGAUUGGUAACUUAUAAUAACUUGGCGUUUCUCUAUCAUAAAGUUGGCCAAUAUAAAGAUUGUUUGAAAUUUUUAUAUGAAGCUCAAAGCUUAAUGGUAACAAUUAAAGAAGCUGGGGGCAUCAGCAACUGUGAUAUAUUUAUAGCAUCAAAUUUGCUGACUUUUGUAGCUUUAUGAAAAAUCAGGAGGUAUAAAGAAGCCAGUGGGUAUCUUGAAAAAUCAGCCCAAAUGAUUAAUAGUGUAAUUAAAGGCGAAAAACCUUCAAAAUUAUCAAAACUAUGUACCCAAAAUUUGUUUGGGAUUGUCAUUAUGUCUCAUGCUGGUCUUUCAGUAAAGCUUGAAGGGAGCUAUGAUAAAGCUAUAGGGAUGCUAAAAGACGGGCUAAGAAAUUUUUCAGGAGAAGAUGUCACAGUGCGAGCUUUAAUUACAGACCUAAUUAAAGAACUACAAAAAAAUCGUGCUUCCACACAAUCGUUUUUGUCUGAACAUUCAUUUGAUUUUAAACCAGAAGCAAUAGAUUUUGAUAAAAAUUCGUACAUUUUUCCUGAAAUAAAUUCUGAUAUAUUUGGCAAGCCAGUUAAAAAAGACAAAGACUGGCUUGUCAGCAAAGAGUUUGAACAUAUUUUAUUCAUAGCUACAUUUUUGCCAUUUAUUAGUCCAAAAACUCCCUUAAUCAGGACAAGUGAAUUAGAAUUUGAACAGUCAAAAACUAAAAUAUAUGUAGAUACUGAAGACUCUGAUAAAAAUACAGACAAUAACGAAGAUAUUCCUGUGUCCUUAACAAAUAUUCCUAGGCCUUAUGCACAGCUCAUGAAUAAUAUAGUUUCAAAGAGAAAAAUCCCACAACCAGAAGUGAGAUUUUCUUCUAAAAUUUCGUCUGGAAGAGGAAUUAAAAGUACACCAAGAACUAGGGAAAGUGAAAGAGGAGUAAUGAGAUCAUGAUGGGAUGAUUCAAAGUUUAUUAGCAAAAUCAAGCAAGCUACUAAAGAGCACAGCAAAACCCGCUUAGAUACUUCUAAGCCUCGCUAUCAAAGCGAGCCAAGAAAUGCUGCGAAAUCUGGAAUCCCACGACCAAGCACAAAAAACCACGGGCUACCAUUUUUGGACACUUCAAUCCAAGACCCCACACAAAGAAUGAUGUAUUUUAGCCCCAAUGUAAACUUUCAAAGACCUAGCUUAAAAUCAAGGAAUCUCGGAACUGCAAGAGAGGCUAAAGAUCAAGGAAAGCACAUAAUGAUUGAGUUUAGUCCUGGAAGAUAUCGGGAAGGGGAAAGCAUCCCAGUGGAACUAGUUCCAGUCCCUCCCAAGCCAAAGCAUGAGAAAAAAAUAUCAAUAAAGCCUACUUUAGAGCAAGAAAAGUAUGCAUCUGCACUAGAUUAUAUGGAAGAUAGAGAAAAUGUGUCUGAAUACUUCAUAUUAUAA